AUGAACCGGGCCCUUUCGAACCUGUCGCCGCACUUUUCGCCUACCCAACGCUCAUCUGCAGAGUUAGCACCAGUUGUCGACGAGCUAAAUACUAUCUGCGAUGACCAUGCUGCCGAUUUCAACCUGACCGCUGCAGCUACCGAGUGUCUGCUCCGACUCCGCCACACACUGAUAGAUAACCCACACCCCGAGGAAGCGAAGGAAUCAUUCCGGCAACUGAACGGUUUUCAAACGCUUCUAAGCCUGAUCAGGAAGCUUUCCGAUCUCUAUAACUCAGAUACACAAACGAAGGAAGAUAGAAAAUGUCUGCUGGCGGUGUACAAGGAUUGCCUGACCGUUCUCGCUGAGUGUUUGAAGGGCCACUUGGGGAAUAAAAGGCAUUUUGCGACUCGGAUUCCCGGUGGGGGUCAAACAGCUUUAGAAGAGGCCUUUACUGUCUUAAUCCUAAAGUUGGAUGCUGCCCAAGGUGACGUUGAAUAUCUCUGUGGCAGUAUCCUCGCAGCAGCCUUGUGUCAAGAAACUGUCGUAGAUGUUUUCACGGCACUAACGACCAAGUUUCAGAGCGCAGACGGACCAGAAGUGUCUUAUGGGGCUGUUAAGAAGGAAGUCGAACGCCUCAUAGGAGACUCGGAGACGAUUGAAGCGUCAGAACUUCUGGGGCCGUUCCUCCGAGUAUGGUUGGAAGAAUCUUCUCCAUUCAAACCUGAGCAGACGCUCCAGAGGUUGGCUAUACCAGCUUGCCUCUACCAGGUUGCCUCCAUGUCUCAACGAAAUGUCAUGACCUUGCAUGAUACCGGAGUAUUAAGCCUUAUUCUCCCAAUUUUGUUCAGUGAAGUUAUUCCCGAAGCGGAGAAGUUACUUUACCAGGAUCUUGCCCGAGAAUUGUGCACCCAAGGGACAAGAAAUGUGGAUGAUGCCGUAUAUCUUUACAAAAAUGCCCAUAAAUGCCAGAGGACACUGCGGUUUCUUGUCGAUGCACUCAAACGCUCCAAAGAGCCUCCAUUCAUUCAGUUUGAUCUCUCAUUGCACGGGUUUUGUUCCUUGGAAUUCUCGACUCUGGGUCGUUCAUUUCCUCCUGUUACAUCUGCUGGAUACACUUUCGCGGUCUGGGCACGUUUUGACCAAUUUGAUCCCAGUACGCAUACCACCAUUUUCGGCGCAUUCGACUCGAGCCAGACAUGUUUUCUCCUAGCGUACCUGGAGAAAGACACCAGGAACUUCAUUUUGCAAACUUCUAUCAAGGGCUCACGCCCAAGUGUGCGCUUUAAGUCUAUGGCGUUUGAGCCUAAUAGGUGGUACCAUAUCUGCGUUGUCCACAAGAAGCCCAGACCGCCAUCAUCCCAUUCGCGCGCGUCUUUGUUUAUAAAUGGGGAAUUUGUCGAGCAGUUAAGGAUUGAGUACCCAUGUGCGCCACUGGCCACUGCGAUGAACCGCUCGCCUCGAGUUCAAGCUUUUCUUGGAACCCCGCGGGAUCUUGCUAUGAGAAUUGGCAAAGGAGUAUCGUCUAGUCGGUGGUCACUGGCUAAUGCUCUUCUCUUUGGUGAGGCCUAUAGUGACGAUAUGAUUGCAGUCUUCUAUAACCUAGGCCCUCGAUAUUAUGGCAAUUUUCAAGAUUGUCUCGGGUCUUUCCAAACUUACAGAGCAUCGGCAACAUUAAAUCUCCGUAAUGAACACCUGCAUCCUGGUAAAGAAGAACAAUCAGAUAUUGUCACUGCCAUUCGACGAAAAGCAAGCACCCUUGUUCGCGAGGGUGUUAUCUUCAUUAACGUCUCGCCGUGGUCCAUACUUGACGACAAUGACAAUAAUACUACAGACGAAUCCCAGCUUAUCAAGUCCCUUUCAAAACAAGCUACGAAAAACCUAAACCAACUAACCAAAGCCGGUGGCAACGCAAUCGCUGUCAAUGGAGCAAGCCCUGCCAUCAAUGACGCUCUUACUCAGGCCAAUGGCAUUGGGGUUCUGACAGGUGACCCGGUAAUAACCUCACCACGCUCCCUCGAUGAUAUGAGUUGGCAGGUUGGCGGUUGCACCGCAGUACAUUUAAGUCUGAUCCAUGCGGCAACCUCCGUCGAGUCCACUCUUCUUGCGGUAGAAGCAUUAUAUGAGGCGGUCCAAGACAAUUGGCGAAACAGUGAAGCGAUGGAGAAAGAGAAUGGGUAUGCAAUUCUUUCAACCCUUUUACGGGAAAAACUUGGUUGGGGCUGGGGAGGUUUCACUACUUCAACCAGGACGAUCGCUGUUUGCUCUAACAAUGAGCAACGAUCUACCCUGUCUCUUGAACUUCUUCGCUUGACCUUGAGAUUUGUUGGGUACAAUUUUGACCAGCUAAACCGCUCCAUCAUAACAAACCCGCUUGCCUAUAGGGUAUUGCUCGUGGAUUUGGAAAUUUGGAGGCAUGGCGAACUCCCUGUAGUAGAGUUGUACUACUCACAGUUUUGCGUUUUUGCUAGCGAGAGCCAGUUCCGUCGGUUUAACUCGAAGCGGCUCGCAAGGAUGCGCGUUAACAAGAAGUUGCUCGAGGCCCUAAAAGGCGGAAGCUUUACGCCAGAAAUACUGCGGCCCUUCACUUCCGCCUUUAGCUCACUGAUGGAAAACACUUUAUCAGCGGAUUUGCUUCGUUCUCUGGCGCUUUUUAUCACGUACUCUCUGCACAAGCCUAAAGAACCUAGCGGGCUACAGAAAAAGAAAAGCAUUCGGUUCAGGGCUAAUUCAGGCGCACGGCCCCCUUCAACUGACGAUGGGAAAAGCAUGCCAACCAUCAAGGUUGCUAUUGAGAUGCUCCGCAUGUUUUGUUCUCUGCUUUGCGACACCCACGAUCUCGGACCAAUAAAAAAAUUCGCCAAAACGGUUACAAACAAGUGGCUCCUGUAUCUCAUGUGUGAGGACGAGCCAGAAAUUGUCGUUCUGGCGACUAGGAUACUAGCCCGGGUUAUUGUGACCAGCGGCAACACGUAUAAUAAGAGGUUUCACGAGAAGAACGGUGGGUAUGUUAUCAUGCGAGGCUGCAUGAAACGAUGGUGGAAUAUACCUGCCUUGUGGCCUCUUUGCUUUUCUAUUUUCUUUGGACUCGAUCUUGGCACAGCGAUGGCUGAAAAGUCCUUUGAUUGUGCUUCACUUUUCGAAGUAUUGAUGGGGAACGAAACAGAGGUCUUCUUCCCUGAGAUGUUUCCUGUUAUUACAGAAAUGAUACAGAGUGCACUAAGGAAGUCUGUCGUGGCUCACGGGGAUGCGCAUGGACUCGACAUAGAUCACACUGUUAAGCCUCUCAUGGCCUACUCCAUGCCGGUCGACACUAGCGAUCAGGAAGCUUCACUCCUGGCUACAAUCAUUGAAUUUCUCGCUGGCUUACAUCUAAAUUCCGAGGGAUUCCGUGAAUAUAUGGCGCAGUCCGAGUACAUCCCACAUCUGCUUUCGGCCCUGUUUCCGGUUGUCGUUGGUUCAGAUUCCGUGAGCGCAGACAUUGAAUUGUCCUACCGCAUCAGUGGCCUUGGUCUUGAUGAUAGGAACCCCAUUAGCCCUCCUACAUCCAGCGGGGCGAGCGAGCUGCACACAACAACUGUUGAAAAUCCGGUGACUCGCGACGGAGCUAGUGGGUCUUUGCCGCGUCCAUCGUCCUUCAUCCUUGUGUCAUCAGACCGCGGAAAAUAUCCCGGCGCGCCUUUACGGAUAAAACAUGCCUUUGUCCCCGGAAGCGUCAACAUUGAGGGAACGACUGAACAUCCGUUCAUCCAACGGAUUUUAUGCCUAAUAUUGUCUAUACUUUCAGAACAGCUCCUUGAGCGGAAGGAUUUCUCCGGACUGGGACUUUUCUCAAAGACGCCACCCGGCUUCCUUGAACACCAAGCAUAUUUCAACUCGUGGGUGCUAAGAAAACUCCUUCAAACGUUGCAAAACGUGGUUUUCUCCAAAACCGAAUUGCUGGCGGAACCACGGAUUAUCACGAACCUAGGACGUUUCACAACUCAUUUAACAGAAGCAACACUCGAGGGAUGGUUUGUGGACGGUACAGGCGCGACUCUUGAAUUCGCGGGAACAAUACUGGAAUACCUCCAACGUCCUGACGUCUCGAGUUUGAAGAGCAUAAGGCUGUGUAGCCAGAUAAUUGCGACAAUUCACUCGAACGUAUUCCGUGUUAUCCUAAUUCAACUUACCGAAACUAAGGGGGCAGAUGCGCUGGCCUUUUUCAAACGCCUAUCCUAUUGGCAAGUUGUGCUUUUGCAGGCAGGAGAGUCUCAGUCGGACUACUUACAGUUGCUAUGCUACCUACUUUACACUAAACUGAUUGACAAAGACCACGAUGUGCGCGUGGCUGCUGCGGGUCUUUUCAGAGUUAUCAUGGUUCAGAAGCCAGCCGAACUGUUUAUGAUAUUGAAUCAUGCAGCGGCCCCCCUUCAGGAACGUCUUUCGGGAGGGUUCGAAGCUCUUGUCGGCAUGGACGACACUGCCUUUUUGCAAUGGAUAGACGACCAGUCAGAGGAUCUCAAUUCUUUGUUUUUGGGAAAUAUUUCAAGAUACUGGGAGGAGUUCAUUCAAGAACAAAACACAGCUGUGGAAAACUCCUCACGUAACCGAAUGUCAAAACGCCACGAAAAGUUGAAGCAGCUGAGCCAGCUUGAGAAGGCCAGGGAUGAAGUAAUGCGCAGACACGAAGUUACGUUUCCUCAUUGGAUCUCGAAUAUUACCGCUUCCGAAUUGUUGAGGUAUCAGAGAGCUUUGCAAGACCAACAGGAUAGCCAUGUGUUCAUGUUGAACUCAUUUUCUCGGCUGACCUUGGAGUUGCGGCGACAUGGGGGUCUCCUAGCGGAAGAGGCGGAGAGGAAAUGGCGACUUGACCAAACUGAAGGCAGAAGCCGUAUGCGACUUCGUAUAGUCCCCGACGAAUCGGGAGAGAGGCAGGAUUAUCAACCGAAACGUAAAGCGUCAGAGCCCCCCGCAAUGAAAAUAGAUGCAGCAGGGCCCUCUUCCGAGGCAGAUACUCUUGCUUUACAUCCUGGACCCCUUGAUGAUGAACGAUCGGAUGAUCAUUCUCAUGGCAUUGGCCCGGAGAAUGGUAGUGUCAUGGAGGAAAGUUUCGAGAUGAUCGACGACCCGAAAGCAGACCUCGAAGAUUAUGAGGACAAGAACCGCAAAGUCAUGAGAAGUCUACACCGUGGUGACCAGGUCGAAAAUCUUUGUAACGUGUCUCGGAUUGUUGGUCUUGAAGCCUUUGAAGGACUGUUGAUCCAGGGUAAAGAUCACAUCUACAUUCUUGAUAAUUUCUUCCAACGAUGCGAUGGUGAAAUUGUCAAUGUUUCACAGGCUCCCAGUGACGAGCGCGAUCCAUAUGUUCGAAUGAUCGCUGGCAGAGAAGCGAGCGAACGCAAACCACAGCAGUACGAAACGAGGAGUUGGAAAUGGACGGACCUGGUCAGCGUGUCUAAAAGACGAUUCCUGUUCCGUGAUGUGUCACUCGAGAUAUUCUUCACCGAUGGAAACAGCUAUUUGUUGACGCUUAUUUCAUCCAAGGCUCGAGACCUUCUAUGCAACCAACUUGCGAACAAGGCUCCUCAGGUGACAGGAAGUGUUGGACACUCGCGGCCGGAGGAUGUUUGGAGAUUCGAGACACUUCGAAGCUCUGACGAUGCGCCGCAGUCACUCGGCUCAAAAUUCGCUAGUGUCUUCGGUCAUUCACCAGUAUACCCAGCGACUCGUAAAUGGGUAAAGGGGGAGAUUUCCAACUUCCAUUACCUGAUGUUAAUAAACACCCUUGCUGGGAGGACAUUCAACGACCUGACACAAUACCCUGUUUUCCCCUGGGUAAUUGCCGACUAUACAAGUCAGGAACUGGAUCUGACCAGUCCGAAGAGUUUCCGUGACCUGUCCAAGCCUAUGGGGUGUCAGACACCAGAACGUGAGGCCGAGUUUAGGGAACGGUACCAAGCCUUUGCAGAAAUGGGUGACGGUGAUGCCCCACCGUUCCAUUUCGGUACUCACUACUCCUCGGCGAUGAUCGUGAGCUCAUAUCUUAUUCGACUACAGCCCUUCGUGAAAUCAUAUCUCUUGUUGCAGGGAGGAACUUUCGACCAUGCUGACCGUCUUUUUUACUCUGUCAGGAAGGCUUGGGAGUCUUCCUCGCGAGGAAAUAUGUCAGAUGUGAGGGAAUUGAUUCCCGAAUUCUUCUACCUCCCUGAGUUCCUGGUCAAUUCCAACAAGUACGAUUUUGGGGUUCCGCAAAACAUGACGACCGCGAUUGACUCGGUGGAAUUACCGCCGUGGGCAAAGGGGGACCCCAAGGUAUUCAUCGCCAAGAACCGAGAAGCACUGGAAAGCCCUUACGUGACGCGGAAUCUACAUCACUGGAUUGACUUGGUUUUUGGAUGCAAGCAGAAAGGCGAGGCUGCCGUUGAGGCAGUAAAUGUCUUCCACCAUCUUUCCUACCAAGGUGCUAAGGAUGUCGACACCAUCAAUGAUCCCGUAGAACGACUCGCCACGAUAGGGAUUAUACACAACUUUGGACAGACGCCACACCAGAUCUUCAAUCGCCCUCAUCCUCAGAGCGAAACACAUAGAUACAAGAUCCCGCGAUUAGAUUCUCUUGCUGAGUCACUUACCCAGCAGCCCCUUUCACUUCUUGAAACUGGAGAGCGAGUUUCAUCUCUAUGCAUGAAGCAUGACCGGCUAUUAUGUACCGCUGCCUUACGGCUGAAUAUACCACCAACUUACGAUAAGUAUUUGGAAUGGGGUUUCUUCGACGGCAGCGUUAGAUUCUACUCUGCAGAUAAUCGAAAGCUACUCGGUCACUUCGAGCACCUCCACGUGGGUCAGCUGGCUGCUGUAGUUUUCGCCGAUUCCCGAACAUUGGUUACUGCAGGCACUGACUGCACCAUCUCAAUAUGGACGUUCACGGCAACAGCAAAAUCCGUAGAUCUACAACCUGCUGGGUCCUUAUUCGGGCAUCAUACGCCAGUAACCGUGCUCGCGGUGUCGCGGUCAUUUAGUACUCUAUUAUCUGCGUCAGUUGACGGCCAGCUCAUGCUCUGGGAUCUGAACCGCCAGUGCUUUGUCCGUGACCUUCCAAACAGCGGAACCGUCGAUUGUGCUCGAAUCAACGACGUGACCGGUGAAAUCGCAGUUUGUCGAGGAAACCACGUCAGCCUCUAUACUCUGAACGGAGCGGCAUUGCUCGAACAGGCUGUCUGCGACUCAGCCGAUGAUAAGACACUGUCAUGCGUCUUCUACGAGGGGGUUGGAGACGAGUGGCAAGAGCGCGAGUUGCUCUUUACCGGCCAUAAACGAGGAGUCGUCAACGUUUGGAGCAAAAUGAUCCGAAACGGCCGCUUUGAGCUGGAGUUGAUUCGCCAGCUCCAUCACGUCGACAAUAACCGUGAUAAUGGGGCAAAUAUCUCUGCAGGUAUCAGCUGUAUCCUAGCACUCCCCCACGUUGUGUACACUGGGGAUGAGAUGGGAAGAGUGUACGAAUGGAGUUGUGUCCAACGCCGAUAG